CGCUUCUGCUACGCAGUGCGGGUACGCGGAGGAGAUGUCGGCAGGGAGGACCCAGAUACAUUAUUGACGUUGUUACAGGCUGUGGGUACGUUUCUCAUCGGAGCCGCAGGGAACCUAACGAGGGCGAAGAAUGGGAAGGAGGAUACGCGGUGCUUCGUACGCUGAAAGCCUGGCUGUCUCCACCGAACACCGACUCUUGCUCUUCAGCCGUUUAUCCAGGAGGGACUAGCUCCGGGGAGUGCGAGCAAGCUAGCAGUGCAGGCUAGCUUCGCAGAGAGGCUAACAGUGCUAGCAUAGCCGCUGCCUUAUUGUGGCCCGUAACCAACCCUCCCAGCUAGCAUCCGUCGCAUGCCCAGAAAGAAAAAAUGGUGUACCUUUUAAAUCCUAUAGAGAACCUGAGAAGCUACAUCAACAACCGUCCACCUCUGGUCAUUUUCAUGAUCAGCGUCAGUGCAGUGGCCAUCGCUUUCCUGACCAUCGGCUAUUUCUUUAAGAUUAAAGAGAUCAAGUCUCCAGAGUUGACAGAGGACUGGAACACCUUUCUGCUGCGCUUUAACGAGCUGGACUUUUGUGUGUCGGAGAAUGAAACGAUAAAGCACGGCCUGAACGAGUCGACCACACCAGAGAGCAUGGUGGUGACCAGCGGCCAGGCUCGAUCCAGCACCCAGGUUCCCCUCCUGCUCGAGGACUCGGGUCCCAUUAACAUCUCAGUCCCCAUCACGCUCACACUGGACCCUCAGCGCCCGUUUGGAGGAUACUCUCGCAAUAUCACCCACCUGUAUGCCACAGUGCUGGGGCAGCAAGUGGGCCUGUCUGGCCGGGAAGCCCAUGAAGAAAUAAACAUCACUUUCACCCUGCCCGUGUCCUGGAACUCGGACGACUGCGUGCUGCACGGCCACUGCGAGCAGGUGGUGUUCAGCACUUGCAUGACCAUCACAGCAGCCAGCAAUAUCUUCCCAGUCACAGUGCAGCCGCCACACUGCGUGCCGGAGACGUACACCAACGCCACAUCUUGGUACAAGGUGUUCACCACGGUCCGUGACUCAGACACCAAGUACAGUCAGGACUACAACCCCUUCUGGUGUUAUAAAGGAGCCAUCGGCAAGGUGUACCACGCUCUCAACCCAAAGCUUACCGUCAUUGUUCCCGACGAUGAUCGUUCCCUCAUCAACCUGCACCUGAUGCACACUAGCUACUUCUUGUUUGUCAUGGUCAUCACUAUGUUCUGCUAUGCAGUCAUAAAGGGGCGGCCUGGCAAAGUACGACAAACCAACCCUGACUUCUGCCCUGAGAAGGUACAACAGACACCAGCAGUGCUAUAUGACCUCAACAGGUGGCGCUGUCAGAAGGUUAAAAAGACGUCGGAGAGCUAUGCCAGAACUUACCUGUAACACGGACAAAACUCAAAGAGACAGAAGAAAUAAAAAAUAAACAUACCAGUUGCCUAGUGAACCCUGGACAUACAAUAAGGGACACAAAAGCUCUGUGAAUGCAUUACUCUUGCAAUGUUGGGUUUCUCCAACCAAAGAUAUACAAGUGCCUGUAUCUGUGGUGUAAAUAUUUGUAGGAACUCUGAUAUUUCCUGCAAAACCAUUUUUUUCUUUUUGUUAAUUAUUAUUUUUGCCUGAGCCCCCUUGUGCCAUGUCAGAACAUGCAGUACGUAAACUAAGCAGAAGGCCACAUCCGAGAGCUACACAGCCAUUUUCCCGGCAUUCAUUCAUUUAAUCAAACAAGACAGAAAAAAAAGUCAUUUUGUGGCAUUUAUCGCAAAUUUAAGUUAAUUUUUUGGUGUAAAUGUUAAGAUAUCUCGAAACAGAUUGUAAACAAAGUCUCUUCCAUGAUGACGAAGCAUGACGUUCAGUCACUUGAAGUGUGUUUAAGUGAAUAUACUCAAUUUUAGAUGCUUGAUUUACAAUUAAAUCUCCAGAAUGCACUUGUCAUUUGCAGCGUAAACGGGGAAGAAAAUAACUCAGCAGUGCAAUCAAAAGUCUGAUCAGAAUUUGGAUGUUUCAUGCGGUCCGUUAAAAAGUCGCUUUGCACAAUUAAUUUAUUCAAUUUGAACACAUAAAUCAUACUCUGUGUCAAUAAACACAAGGUAUUUAGUUGCACAUUAAUAUAUUAACGAGUCCCACUGUCUCAGUUUGUAUCCUGUUAUCAGUAACUGCAGUUCAGUGUGGUUCGAAAAUUAGUUUUUUUCGGGACAAGUAGACGUCACACUGAAAACAUCUCUCUGCCUUUUUUGUUUUUUCCUUCAUCGGUGGCUUCAUCACUCACCUGCCUCUCGUCUUUUUGAUUUGCUGCCGAUCGCUUCUGCAGCAGCUUUCUGAGUGACGUUCAGUCAGGAGGAAACAACAUUAUCUUGCCUUACCUACGGUGGACUUUUGCUUGCUUGAACAUAGGCGGAGAGAUCAUUUAUUCUCUUUCCCACGUUAACCGAUCCCUUCUUCUUCUUCCACAGCCAAACGUCUCUUUUUUUAGUUUUCUUUUGUUUCUUCCAGUAUGAUGAGCCUGUGGUUUGAAAUCAAGCUUGUGACGUCUGUCCUGUUAAUGUAAAUGUCAAACGGCCCUCGAGUUACUAUAUUUUGGGAUGCUUUUGAGUUACUUAAGCUUUUGUUUGAAGCAAAUCGAUAUCAGUUGCACGUGUUAAAGUGUUUGCAUAGUUAGUGCACCUUCGGAUUUCUUGCACAUUUUGUUAUUUGCUUCUGUGAUGAUGAUUUUUCUUUUUUUUGUGUGUGUCCAAAAUCACAUGUAAACAGUCUGAUGUUUGCCGAACUAGUUGGCUUCCAUGUAGAAGUAAAUAUAAUUAUACACUAGCAUAUAAUUAUAUUUAUGUAAUUAUUCUAUUUAUGAUUACAUUACUACUUUUUAUUAUUAUUUUCUAGUACAACAAAAUGUGCAAAAAACUCACUCUUUGUGUGAAUGCGUGAGUUUGGGAAAUGUUUAGACAAAGAAAGGCGACUGUAGACUAAGAUUCUCUGAAAUCUGGUCCCAAAUGUCUCAAUUUUUUAAGAGAUUCUGGCACAGAAAUGAUAAAACAUCCACCGGCGAAAUCUUUCCCAUUUGUCGUGACUUUCUCUGACUUUGACAAUCAUUUAUUCUAAAUGUACAGCAGCACCUAUUAGAUUUGCAAUAAGGAACAACAAAAACAUAUUAAUAAUAAUACAGUGCUGGAAUUAGAUUGGGUUAUUGCAUUUAUCUGUCUAAAUCUAAGCAGAGAAUUCCAAAACAGUGCACUUCUUAAAUGUUAGGGAUGAUUUAUUUUUCUUUCAAUGGCAAUUACUGAUACAUCUCACUUACCUCUGCUAUCAUUCUGUCACAUAAUUGAUGUACCUGUUGAAUGUACUUUUUUAUAAGCAGCAUAAUCUAAAUCUGAGAUGCAAGAAUUCCACAUGAUUUUAUGAUAGUUUUUUUCUUGUUUGAAAGGCUUUACUUGAAUUAUGUUUUCAUUCGAGUGAUGUUCAUAUAAGUUUUUUUGUUGUGAGAAAAAUGAAUCUCAUCAUGUUAUUGAAUCAAAACACUAAAUUUAUUGUUUGUAUGUUGGUGAAUGACUGAAAGGUGUUGGGGUUUAAUGGUUUGUUUUUUUCCACACUGAAUGAUGCUAGUACAAGUCUUCCUAAUUCUGAUGUGUAUCAUAUUCGAGCAUGGAUCUGUUGCUUUUACUGUCGGCACUGUCUCCUCGUGCUCCCACAAUUGGACUUUAUUGGAAGAUCUGGCAGCUCUUCUUGGCUGAGUAAUGGACGGAGAGUGUGUGUGUUGAGUUAAAGGAGUCGAAUGAAGCAUGCCAUGUUGUUGCCAAACCGUCAUAGGUAAAAUCAGUAACCUGCUCUUACCUGCUUCUUUCCCCCCCCUUCUCUUUCUCGUGUGAUAUCCUGUUUUGGGUCAGAAUUGCAUCUCUUUAAUUGCAAAAUGCCUUAACAUCGUCCAGUUUCACUCGCUUUCACAUAUCAGAUAUUGUAAAACACACCGGUUUAACAAAACAAAAAAAAAUACAAAACAUAAAUCUCUUCUCAUAAAGCUAUGAGAAGCUCAGAAAGCUUGUUAAGUGUACAUUUAGAGGAAUGGAUUUUUAAAGGAGCAGCUGCUUGCAUUUGUAGUUUUCCAACUACUCCACUAUAUCACUGAGUAAAAACAGUGGAGCCAUAUUCUCCUCCUGAGUUGCACCAUGGCACAGCGUUCUUUGUUUUCCAUUAAGGAGAACGUGUCUCCAGUAUACGGCUGCCGUUACACCCACCCCAUUCCUCCUUUCUGUCAUGUUAGCAGCGCUUACAGGCGAGUAUUAAGCCAACUCUGUGCCUUCUGCACUGUCGAGCUGCAUCCUCCUCCAUGUACAUACAGUAGAUAAGGACCAUAGGUUUAAUGUGGCUAGGACGUCAUCGAAACCCUUUCUUUUCCUCUCCAGUGGAACUGCUGUAAAUGAAUUCAAGUUUAAAUAAACUGUCUCUAAAGUUCAA